AAAACGAUAUUGGCAACUGCAAAACGACGCCAAUGGCCGCCAGAUGUCAGGGGCUGUCUUUCAAAAAUGGCGGCUGUGUAUGCCAGAGAUGAAAAAGGCACGUAUAUCCCUGCAUCUCAAAGACCCGAUGGAUCGUGGCGGAAAGAGAGGAGGGUUAAAGACGGCUACGUACCUCAAGAAGAAGUACCCCUGUACGAAAGCAAAGGCAAAAUAUGGGCCAAGAACCAGCUAGGCCCGCAGUACCCCGUCGGCCUCUCUCAAGCUGAAAUAGAGCAAAUCAAGGCUCGCGAGGCUGCACAGAACGAUCCUGAAGCCGCAGCAAAGAAGAAGAAAAAGAAGAAGAAGAAGAAGGUGGACACCCCAGCUUCCGAGGUGGCGGACAAGCUCGCGGAAGCCGUGGAGGGCAAGCUCAAGAUAGAGGACAGUGCGAAACCUGCGUCGUCUGCGGAGCCCGCGAAGCGGUUACGAAACCUGCGGAAAAAGUUGAGAGAGAUCGACCAGCUGCAGGAGAAGAUCGACUCGGGCGAGCUGAGCAACCCGGAGAAGGAGCAGCUGGAAAAAAUAGCGAGACGAGACGAGGUGGCGUCGGAAAUUGAGGAUCUCGAGUUGGAACUAGACGUAGACGAGUGACGUGUGCGGAAUAUUUAAUAUGACGUUCUUUCCCUUUCUACGAUGUAUGGUUUUAAAUGGCUGUCCACCUGUACCCAGUUUUGAUUGUGUUCACAGACUUGUGAUAAUUAAGUUAUUGUCGACCGAGGCGCAGACGUUUUUUUUUUUUUUUUUUUUUCAAACUGUGACCGCCUGAGAGUGAGUUCAGACAUCUACACGUUUGUGUUGCCAAAGCUGUAAGCCCUCAACGAUGAGAACGUGACGUAGAGGUAUUUUUUAAACUGCAGUCAAAGGGGGUGCACGCGAAGACGAGGGGGGGUGGGGGGUGCAAGUUGAGAUUCUGCAAGUUCAGUUCAUGAUGUGUUACCAUUUUUAUCGUGCCAUGCUUAAACAUGAAAGGUGUAGUAUCAUCUCUGUACUGCUUGUCUCACCAUAAUUGUCUGUCGGUUGCUUUUGAAAGACGUUUACAUUGGAGUGAUGUACAUUGUUGCCAGCAUGAGAGCUGCUAGAAAUGUGCAGGUCUUUUCAUAUCAUUGACUGCUGUGUACGAAGAGACUUCUUAGCUCAUGGACGUUUCUUUUUUACUUUGUUAUAGGAACUGUGGGGCGCAGCCAUAAAUUCAUGCUUCUGUUGACGAUGUGAGGAUUUUAUUGUGAAGAUGCAUCGAUUUUUGUGACUGCACUGUUUUUUUUUUUUCCUUUACGCAUCAAAUAUUUGUAAUGAUGUGAGAGGAGUGUGAUUUCGUUUGACGACCCUGAUGUUGAUUCUCAGCUCCUUUUGUACCUUAAAAAUUCAUCCGCUGACAUGCAGCUCAAUAUCCUUGUAUGCAGGGUAUCUCAACGCACUUGCACCAAGAUAUAUAUAAAAAGAAAACACACGAAUGAAACCUACUGAAUGUUGUUAGCAGUUGUGUAUCGUAGUCACUGGUAUUUUUUCGUUUCACCUAAUUAAUUAGAUUAGAUUAAUUAGCUAACAUUCCAAGGUACCAAUUUUGAUGUUGUUGAGCGUCUCGAGACCAUGGAGCGAGAAAGACAGGAGGCCAAAACUCCUCAUGGAAGCAAGCAGCGGUGUGAGACCAUGUGGGGUCCAUUUUGGAGAGGCAGCGCUGGUGUUUCCCGUCGUUUGUGCGCUUUCGCAUAGAAGCAUGUGGGAAAACCGUGCCCAUACAAUGCCUACGGCAACUUCCACUGUGACCGACGGAUAGAAACAUUUAAAAUGGCCGCAUGGCACACUUUGUUUUCUGCAGUCAACGAGAAACAAGACUGCUCUGCCGGCUCAGAUGAGCAGACGACGCUGCACGGUGACGGGCAGGGAUGCCGAGCAGGGAAAUGGAGGGCGGCAGCGGAGAACGGAUGGAGCAGACAAUGACCGCCAGGUCGCAGCGUGACGUGACAACAAAAUGUUUUCGCUUGGCCCUACAGAUGGCGCAGCACUUCGGUCCUCCUUAGGGUGCCUCAAUACUAGCUCCCUCUGCGUAGGGUGAAGACAACUACGUCGUCUGCUAGGAAUUUCUGCCAUCUUGACUCCCACGUAGAACUCACGAUGCUCUCACAAAAGUGUAGCUGUUCGCCUCUCCAACUACCUAUAGAGGCGCUAGUGUCCUCGAGAUGGCGGAGAUGGGAAUGAUUGCUGAUGAAUAAAUCAGCCUGCUCCAUGCCUUCUUCCACCAGGCACGCUUCAAAAAUUGUACAAAUAACAUAAAUUGCGCGUGGUUUCCUGCU